UUUAAAAGCUCUGCCUCAGCAAAUACUUUACAUUACACAGCAUGAAUCUUGGCCUGAUUAUCAGCGAGCAGUAGAAAUCACAGAGUCUCUGUGCGCUUUACGACAGGCAGAGAGUAAAGGUUCAAUUUAAUGACCUCCCAGACUUGCUGCUUUUAAGCAAAGGCAUAAAUAAGACAGAAAGUGGGGAGCAAAUCUUCCACUGUGUGUGCUGAACUUCCUUGUCUCUAUACACUCACAAAACGUGGGUAGGAGAGAUGGAGUCUGAUGAAGCUACUGUACAGUACAACCGAUGGAAUGAAGAUAACAUCAACAUGAACGUAGCUGCUUCUCAGUCGAGUUCGAAUGGGAUCUAUAACAAACUAUGCACGGGGCAGCUGGGCGUGGUUGUGAGAGUGGCAGGAUCGCUGGCUGUAAUGGCUUCUAUGUACAUUCUUGGCUAUGUCACCGGAUACUACGUCCAUAAAUGCUGACAGUGUUAUAGACAUUACACAGAUGUUUUCACUUUUUCCUGCAGUGUAUGAUGAAUGUAUUGACUGAUUCACUGUGAAGUCAUUUAUAUAUUCAUUCUUUCAUGGUGUAUGAAACUAAUUUUACUUGACGUUCCACUUUUUUUUUCCCCAGUGUUAUGAACAUAUGUUAAAGAGAAUGAUUUUAUUUGCUCCACUGGAAUUUGUACAAUCUAUGCUUUGUGUCCAUUUUAUAUGCUAUUAAAACAUUUUAUGCAGAA